GCAACUCAGACCCAGAUCAUCAUGCAAGACGCCAUUCUACACUCUGCUUGAUCGAGUGACAAGCCUCCUUAGCAUACGAGCCUAGUAAGCAAGCCAUGAUGGUGCCGUGGAUCUUCGCUCUGAAUUGCGUCAUAUUUCUUGCCAGCGUGUUUGCCGGGUGCUACUCGUUCACUUCGCAUGCGGACAACGUGUUCAACUCCCCAGCCCAAAUCGUGACCAUUCGCUUUGCGUUUAUCUUUAUCCUCACGGCCGUUUCGUUCUUCUUCCAGUUCCUGUCCACGGAGCUCACCUUGCCGUCGUCCCCUCAAGCCAUUGUGCACGACAUGGUCGAGGACGUCAUCACCGGCGUCGUCGAAGCUAUCAUGCUGCUGUCAUUCUUUUUUAUGCUCGUGGUACAUGUCGGCGGCACGGACCGAGCCGUGCACUUGUUUGCUGAAUCCCACGAGACCCGCGGCCGUGCGUCGACGAUGACAAUGUUCACUCCCCCGUCCUCGAGCCCGGUCAUGAAAGACAAAGCCGUCGACGAGGACAUAGCAGCCAAGCCGGGUCUACACGAGUACAUGCGAUGUCGCAACGUGAUCCUCGCCUUUGUAUAUAUUCGUCCGGUGGUGUCCAUUGUCAUGGUGGUGAAUCGAUGGUUGGACAACUGGGAACUGCGCAUGGCAAUGGCGUCGGUCAACAUCCUCAUCACGCUAGCUGCCGUCGCCGCGAUCCUCGUGACCAUCCGCCGCAUCUUGCCCGCCAUGCAGCCCCAGUUCCAAGUGCUCGGUAAGUUCUUCGUCAUCAAGGGGCUCCUCCUCGUGCGGUCGUUCCAGUGGGCAGUCUACUGCCUCCUCGUCACAGACCACAACGGCCUCCCCGCGCUGCGCAAGUACUUCACCAUGUGCUCUAUCGAGUGCUUGUUCUUCUGCCUCAUAUUUACCGUGGCAUUCCGACCCGCGACGUUCCGACGAGUCGACGGCUUCCCAGGCAUGUCGUUCAUGGGGGUAUGGGACGUCGCCAUGCAUCCCAUUCCACCCUGCCACGACUCCAAGUAUGCAUCGCCCGCCGACAGCAAAGUGCACCACAUGCACGUGUAACCGUCGCGAGGGUCAACCCAACAAGAACUAUAUAUAUAUAUAUAUAUAUA